AUGGCUGGGCACAGGGGAAACGAUGCGCUCAUGUGCCUUGUUUUUCCAUUGAGUUUGGGCGAGUUGGGCCUAAAAUGGUUUGAAAGGCUGCCGAAGGAGAGCAUCGAGGGGUGGCAACAGUUGGCAGAGGCAUUUGUCACCAGAUUUAAGACAAACAUCAAAACGCCCAAGGAAAUUGACCAUCUCUUGAGAGCAAAGAUGGAGCCAGGUGACUCUUUGAAGGUGUAUAACACUAAGUAUUGGGAGACUUUUAACGAGAUCCUUGAUUGCCUGACCAACCUUGCAAUCACUCAAUAUAAGCGCGAUCUUCCAGUUGGACAUCGACUGAGAGACUCGCUCACAAUGAAUCAACCGUCGACCAUGAAAUUACUCAUGCAACAUAUUAAUGAGCACAUUCGAGUCGAACACAAUGCAGCCGCAACUACCGUGACGGCAAGUCCGGUAGUAGAGAACAAGAGAGUAGUGGGAAAGGUUUACGUAGUCAGACAAGAUGAUGGCCAUGCAAACCACCAUGGAAGGGUUAUAAGAAGUUCGGUUUUUGGAAGAUGUCAGUAA